CAGAUACUGUGCGUAUAUUCAUUUAUUUUUUAUCAGUUUAUCGCCAACAAAAAUGUUCCUGCAAUCCUCUUUAUUUCUUUUCAUUGUGACAAGCGAUGUGAUUUGUGGAUUUAAAAUUAACAAACGAGAGUAUAUGGAUCAUAAAAGGAGUGGUUUCCUUGGUAACCAGUUUAGUGGCUCUAACAGAAAUGGGGGCGGUGGUUCUUCGGCAGGUGUCGGGUUUCCGGCUAGUAAUGAAGGACCGUUCAGUUCCAGUGGAAACCUCGUAAAUUCAAACAGUGAAGGAGAAUUCAGUGGCAGCAGAGGUGUUCCUUUUAAUUCAAAUGGGAAUGGAGGAGGGGGAUUUCCCGGUAGCAACUCAGGAAACGGUGGUAUUCAAGGAGGGCGUGGUCCGUUUAAUGGAAAUGGCGGUUCGGGAGGUAUUGGGGGCGGAUCUGGUCCUUUUAACUCCAAUGGAAAUACGGGAGGGGGGUUUCCUAGUAGCAACUCAGGAAACGGUGGCAUUCAAGGAGGGGGUGCAUUCGGGAGCGGAUCUGGUCCGUUUAAUUCCAAUGGAAAUGGAGGAGGAUUUCCCGGUAGCAACCCAGGGAAUGGUGUCAUUCAAGGAGGGGGUGGUCCAUUUAAUGCAAAUGGAAAUGGUGGAUCAGGCAAUAUUGGGAGCGGAUCUGGUCCAUUUUCCACCGGAAAUGGUAACAGCAAUAAUGGUGGGUCUAUGAGUUCUGGAGGAGGAGCAAGUCCAUUCAGUAAUGCUGCUAAUGGUGGGGGAAAUGGAAUGGGACCUGGACCAUUUAGUGCAGCUGGUAAUGGCGGUGGAUCAGGUCCUUUCAAUUCCAAUGGAGGCAAAAUGGCAAGUCCUUUUAGCGCAGCCGCCAAAGCAGGAUCUGGUGAAACUCCAUUCAAAAUUUCCAACUCAGCGCUAGGUGGAAAGUCCCCUUUUGGUACAUCAACAUUUCAAGGGGUUGAUUUUGGAAGUAUGGGCGGAGCAUUGGCAACUAAUAAUGCCGUAAGAAACCCAAUGGACGCAAGUUCCUUUGUCGAGAAUUCUGUAGGCCCCGGCGGCCUCACAGGAUCGGCAUUUGCUACAAACAUCAAUGCGGACGGGGGCCCAGGAGGGUUAACAGGUGGGUCAUUCCAUGUUGGAACAGAUUCAUCUGGACCAGGAGGGCUUACAGGUGGAGGAUUCCCUCAGACGGACAAUUCCAACGGAGCUCUGUACAUCAACACGGAUUCAAGUCUAGGAGAUAGACAAUCAGCACGAUUUGACACAGCCAAGUAUGAACAAAUGUUAUCGCAGCUUUACAACCCAAACAAUUACGACUCGCAUCUUCUGGAGAAACCUUUCAACGGAAAAGAAUACAGCAGUAAUUCCAAUUCCUUUGGAUCUUAUUCAAGCUCUGGGGUGAACUAUAUGAGCGGCCAAGCCGGCCAUAGCUCAGCGGGCUCCAUCUCUGGUGGAAAACAGACGGACGAGCCGGGUCCAUUUGACACUCGACCAUUCAAACAAGUCCAAAGUCCGUUCAGUGCUCACACUGAAACUCAGUAUAAAGGUACUAACUAUCACGUAGAUGCUGCCUCCUCUUUAGGCGGACAAAACUUUGCAGCUGUUGGUUAUUCAGGGGGAACCUAUAAUAUAGAUUCCAGUGCAACUAGCCCGUACAACGCUGGAAACGCGGCAAGUUAUGUCAGGGGCAACGGAGAUGGCAGUGCAACAGGUUACGAGACUCCUUUUGACAAACACGUGGAUAAUUAUAAUGAGCUCAUAUCCAAUCCUUUUAACUCAAAUAUGAAACCAGAUCCAGGAAGUGAUUAUAGUCACGGCUCCUUCGGAACUCCUUUUGAAUCUCACAGUAACAGUGGAGGAAUGGGAAGUGAAAAUCCGGGAGGAAACCCAUUCCGCCAAGGAGGAAACAAAGCUGGGAUUUCUAUGACAUAUAACAACCGACCCUUUAGCGGGUGAAAAUGACAUCCCACAAGAGCAAUCAACACCUGAAGUUAUUUUU